AUAUUCCUGCAUGUGAAAUUUAGUACAAAUAAUGUCGAAGUUAAGAAAGGAGAAAUAGUAAAGUUUUUAUGAUUUUAUUUAAUUGUACGAGUUUGAUGAAGGUGCUAUCGGCUAAUUAAAAUAUAAGCUUUACCAUUGAGAAUUACGAGGAUAAAUCGUAUAGCGUAAAAGAUGGCUGUGACCAGCAAGGUUUCCCUUAUCCUAUCGUCUAUUUUAACGGUGCUGCUAUUUUCUGGAAUGCAAAUGUACAAAACCUGGCUGAUUUCUUCUAAAUUGCAUAUAAUUUUAGGAGGGUACAUGGGAUCGUUAAUAUUUCUAUUUCUUUUGACGGCUUUUGGCAAUUUAGAGGCUGUAUUGUUUGGAAAGUCAUUCCAGUUAAAACUUCCUGAAGUUUUCAUAUCGUUAAUUGUGUCGUUGGUGGCGUCUGGUUUGAUACAUCGAGUCGCAACCACAACUUGUUUUAUAUUCUCUAUAGUGGCUUUAUAUUAUAUAAACAGAAUAUCUCAAGAAACAUACUCAAUGUCAGUGCCAACAGUCAAUAUUCAUAUGAAAAAGAAAAAAUAAUUAUUAAUUUUAUUAAUUAUCUCCUAUCAUUUUUUUCAUUGUUAUCUAUUUGACAAUAAAACUUGUAACAAUAAUCGAGUGAUUUAAUUAAAAAGUAUACACAUAU